AUGGCAAACAACAACAUAUUGAUCAGUGUCAGUGAUCCAAAAUUGUAGAUUCUACUAUUCAAGGUGUUGGAUUGACAGAAAAGUAACACGGAUUGACAGAUUGCUCUGAUCCAAACAUGGAUGACAGUUGUUGGGAGAGCUCAGAAUCAGAUUAUGAAUUCCUGGCAGAAAUCGGCCAGGGCUCCUACGGGAAAGUGUACAAAGCCAGAGAGAGGCGCGACAAGCAGCGUCUCAUAGCGGUGAAGAGACUGAACCUCCCCGAGGACCCAGAGUGUGGCAUCCCUCAGUUCGUCAUUCGAGAAGUGGCUCUUCUGCGAAAAAUGGAGCACUUCAACCACCCCAACAUAGUCAAGUUGCUGAAUGUUUCAGCUGGAUGGCAGAACCAGAAGUUUGACCUGAUGUUGGUGUUUGAAUAUAUUGAUCAAGAUCUUACCACAUUUCUCAGCAAAGCGUCAGCGAAAGGCCUGGCCAGAGACAAAAUCAAGGAUUUGAUGCGUCAGCUGCUCAGCGGACUUGACUUCCUCCACACCAACACUGUCAUUCACCGGGACCUGAAGCCAGAUAAUGUGCUUGUGAGCAGUCGGGGGGUGGUCAAGAUCGCAGACUUUGGUUUAGCCAGGAUAUACACAUGCCAUAUCGCCCUCACCCCAUGUGUUGCUACUCUGUGGUACAGGGCUCCAGAGGUCCUGUUGCAGUCCAGUUACAUGUCUUCAGUGGAUAUGUGGAGUGCCGGCUGCAUUUUUGCAGAGCUCUUUCUGUUAAGGCCGUUAUUUUGUGGAUUCACAGAAAUCCAGCAGCUGCAAAAGAUUUUUGAGGUAAUUGGUUUGCCGGGUGAGGAGGACUGGCCUAUAGAAAGCCCUGUCUGCUACACUCCUGCCUGGGUUGAGACAAAGCCAACAGCACAACUGCUGCCCAGCCUAACCCACGAGGAGAAUGACCUGUUGUCUCAAUGUUUGGCUUUCAAUCCAGCUCAUCGCAUUUCUGCCUGCAGAGCUUUGGAUCAUCCUUUCCUGGCUAACCGCAACAGUGAAGAUGAGUGACAGAUGGGCGGAGUCACAUCAUUUGCCUGGCUCCUCCCAUCCAGUCUGAGCUGCAGAAUUAUUCUGCCACAAGAGUGAUUAGAUUCAUUUUAUAAUAAUGGAGUAAAGUGCAACACCUUAACCAUUGGAUCACUUUUUUUAUUUUAUUUUGUUUUUAUAUAUAUUUCUCAAAUGAAAACUUCUUGGUGGAAAUGCAACAUGUUACUGAUACUGCGUAAUGAUGAUGUUUAAAAAGAAACAAAUGCCCUUAUGAACCAUUCAGUUAUUUUUGGAGCUCUCAUGUCCUGAUUUUUUUUUUAUAUAUAUAUAUAUAUAAAAUUAUAUAUAUACACCACCUUGUUCAUGUGUUUACGGAGGUGAGGAAUGAGAAUUUGUCUUUUUCACUUGUGACAACUCUCUAAUAAUGAAAUUGUGUAUGUUGCAGCACAAUAUGUUGUUUAACAGGUAAGUUUGAUGUUUCAGUGUGCUUUUUGAAAGUUGACUUUUUUCAUCGUAAUGUUUUUAUCCCAUUUUUUUUUUCAGUUUUGCCUUCAUUUUAAAGACACACUAUGUUUUAGGUUCUAAGCAAAUUGUUUGAAGUUUUCUGUUUUCUGUUCAUGAUGAAUUUGAGGUAAACAAACAAGAGCCAGCAGUGCCCCUUGGUUGUCGAAUGGGCUGAGAGUGAUAUUUAAGCUUAGUUGACAUUAUGAUUUUAUUAUGAAUACAAUACAAAUCAAUUAAAUAUGUGAUUGAAUGCACAUUUUAUCAUUUUCUUUAUACUGACACUUCGGUAAUAAAACAGCAAUUUCAACAUUGUUUGCCACAUUUUUUCUCUA